GAUAAAUACCCCUUGGAGGUUAUCUUCUUUCGGAGACAGUUUUCGCUGCACUCGACUGCAUUCAUUUGUACAUUGACGCCGUCAUGCGUUGGCUCUCCACCUUACUCAUCCCCAUCUUAGCCUCCGAGUCGCUAGCUCGGAGUGUUGGAAAUCUCCAUCAACUAUCCUCAAGACAAACGACACAGUAUGCGGUGAAGCAGCCGCCAUUGACGACGAACUGGACAGAUCAAGUGGGGACGAAUCCCUGGCCUGAGUAUCCUAGACCACAGCGCCAGCGGUCGGAUUGGAAGAACCUGAACGGAAUCUGGCAAUACCAAGCUGCGACGAGUCUGGAUGCCGUGCAAAGCCCUCCUUUCGGACAGGAUCUUGCAGCAGAGGUAUUAAUACCUUCGUGUUUGGAGAGCGGAUUGUCUGGUAUCCAAGCGACAUCGGCAUAUUAUUCUUGGUUUCGCACCAACUUCACUGUUCCUGAUUCAUGGAGUGGCCAGAACGUGCUGCUUAAUUUUGGCGCCGUGGACUAUGAAGCCACCGUCUUUGUCAAUGGGCAGCAAGCGGGCUUCAAUCGUGGUGGAUACUUCGAAUUCACUUUCGAUAUCACUCCGUUUGUCAACGCGACUGCGAACAAUGAGCUCUUGGUCUACGUCCACGACCCGACCGACAGCGAAGACUACGUGAUUCCCAUCGGAAAGCAGCACCUAGUCCCCAGUCAUAUCUUUUACACGCCCUGCAGCGGCAUCUGGCAGAGUGUCUGGAUCGAGUCAGCACCAGCCAACCACAUCACUCAGCUGGAUCUGAGUGGCGACAUGCAUGGACAGGUCAACGUGACCGUCCACAGCGCGACAGGAAACAGCACGUCCGUCCGCGUCGCAGUCCACGACGGGGACUCGGAGAUCGGCUCCGCCAACGGAACCUCCGACCAGCCGUUCCAGUUCAAAGUAACCAACCCCAAGCUGUGGUCGCCCGACUCGCCGAACCUGUACAACGUGGCCGUGACUAUGGGUGACGACACGGUAGACAGCUAUCUUGGCUUCCGCACCAUCUCCCGAGGCCAGCUGGACGGUGUCGAGCGGCCGCUGCUGAACGGGAACUUCACCUUCCUCUUCGGCACGCUGGACCAGGGCUACUGGCCGGACGGGCUGUACACGCCUCCGAACCGCGAAGCCAUGGAGUAUGACCUGAAGGUACUCAAGGAUCUUGGCUUCAACAUGGUCCGCAAACACAUCAAAGUCGAGCCCGCAUUGUGGUAUCGCGCCUGCGACGAGAUGGGCCUGCUCGUCAUCCAGGACAUGCCGGCUCUUCGGCCGUUGGAGAACGACGCCAGCGGCGCGACGAUUCUGCCUAACGAGUCCCAGCAGCAGGAGUUCGAACGACAGCUGGAACUGAUGGUCAACCAGCUCAAGAGCUACCCCAGUAUCUUCGCCUGGGUGAUCUACAACGAAGGCUGGGGCCAGAUCACAACAUACUACCCGGAACUCUCGCUCACCGAGCAGGUGAAACAACUCGACCCGACGCGGCUCGUGGACGCGAUUUCAGGUUGGUACGACCACGGCGCCGGCGACUUCCACGACAACCACCACUACGCAAGCCCGCAAUGCGGUACACCCCCGCACGACGCAAGCCGCAUCGCGAUUCAAGGCGAGUUCGGCGGGGUAGGCCACAAUGUCUCGAUCGAGCACCUCUGGAACGACCCCACCGCCAUACAAGCAAUCAACCAAACCUACGAACUGGACCCGGACCUCGACGCCUGGAACUACCGCAGCCACCAGCUUCUGACGGAGCUACAGGACCAGGUGCGUCGGUACGCGUGCAGCGCGGGCGUGUGGACGCAGACUACCGACGUCGAGGGCGAAGUCAACGGGUUGAUGACGUAUGAUCGGCGCGUGAAGCGUGUGGAUGCGGAGCAGUGGAGGAAGGAUAUCAGGGGGUUGUAUGAGGCUGCGGAGGAGAGGACGGGUUCGUGAGUGAGAUUGGGGAAAGAGAGUUUUGGUGAUGGAUACCGAUACCUGAUGACAUGAUGGAGUACAGUGUGCUCGCUGGGCGAGUUGACGGUUGCGUACUCUGGGGGUGGUUUGCAUUGAGGCUGGUUUGGGUAUUGCAUUUUGCUUUUUUGCAUAAGGUAUUGCUUAAAACAUUGCAUAGAUCAGAGCAUAACAUAUAGCAUAAGGAUACAGGGUC